UUUAUAUCACAUUUUCUGAUGCAUUGGAGGUGAUUGAGGGAGACAGGAUGUUGAAUAUUUCCAUCAUUCAGUUGUGGUGCAUGUACAUGGACACAAUCGUUGUAGACCAAGGUCGGUCUUCCAUGUACGGAUUUGUUGAACCUCAGACCAUUCAACCGUCUGGUAACACACUUCAAAACAGACAACAUUAUUUGCAAACAUGGAUGGAUGAGUCCAAAAGAGACAUAUACCUUGUGCCAUACAUUGACGGGUACGUGUUUUUAUAUGUGGUCAGUUUAUUAUUAUAGUUUCCUUAAUUAGUUGAAUAACUAUUUGUCCUUCGUGAUAGGUCUCACUGGCAGCUGAUGGUUAUCAUUCCCAAACAAUGUAAAAUUAUAUGGUUUUGUUCGUUGCACAGGAAGAUGAAAAAUGACUUGAGAACCAUGCUUCAAGGAGUUAUUGGUAAAUCUCGUGGUCAAUUGGUUCAAAUUUUGUAUCCAAAGUGUAACCAGCAGGUAGAUUCAUGGGAAUGUGGCUUCUAUGUGAUGUGUUGGAUUAAGACCAUCAUUCGAGCUGUCAUUACAGAUGACUGGAAUGAGCGCUUCAAGACUACAUCGCCUAUUGCAGAGGACACAAUUAACCAGAUAAGGCAGGAGUGGACCGCUUAUCUUCUACAAAGAUGGAGUUAGGAAUAGUUAUAUUUCUUCUUGA